AUGAGUGUGGGAAGGGCCCACCACCACAGCUUCGUGUCCUGUGAAGAAGAAGGCCUGAGACUAAGUACCAUGCCUGCUGUGGGCAGCUUCGGCAAUGGCAAGAUUCACACGAGACGCAAAUACCACAGCCGGUUCGUCAGCAAGGCCGGCCAGUGCAACAUCCAUUUCGCAAACAUGGACGAGAAGUCGCAGCGGUACAUAUCUGAUAUUUUUACAACAUGCGUGGACAUCCGCUGGCGAUACAUGUUCCUGCUGUUCAGCCUGGUGUUUGUGGUGUCCUGGCUGACAUUCGGCCUGGCGUUCUGGGUCAUCGGCCUCCUACACGGUGACAUGGACCAUCCCGAAGGGGACGACAGCUUUGUUCCAUGUGUCACGGCGGUUAACACUUUCGUGGCAGCUUUCUUGUUCUCCAUUGAGACCCAGACAACAAUUGGAUAUGGUGCUCGCUGUGUGACAGAGGAAUGCCCGGCUGCUGUCUUCAUGGUGGUCUUUCAGUCCAUCAUGGGCUGCAUCAUCGACGCCUUCAUGAUCGGUGCCAUCAUGGCCAAGAUGGCGAGGCCCAAGAAGCGUGCAGAGACUCUACUGUUCAGCCACAACGCAGUCAUCGCUUUGCGUGACGGGAAACUGUGCCUCAUGUUUAGGGUUGCUAAUCUAAGGAAGAGCCACAUUGUUGAAGCUCAUGUGCGAGCCCAACUCGUCAAGCCGCGAUACACAGAGGAAGGCGAAUACAUCCCCUUGGAUCAGAUUGACAUGAACGUAGGUUAUGACAAAGGCACAGACCGCCUGUUCCUGGUUGCACCCCUCACCGUCAUACACGAGAUUGAUGAAGAAAGUCCACUGUUUGGCAUCAGCAAGCAAGAUCUGGAAACAUCUGACUUUGAGAUAGUGAUUAUACUUGAAGGGCUGGUGGAGGCCACAGCCAUGACGACGCAGGCGCGCAGCUCCUACCUGCCCUCAGAGAUCCUGUGGGGUCACCGCUUCGAGCCCGUCAUCUUUGAGGAGAGGAGCCAGUACAGGAUAGAUUACGCCUACUUUCACAAAACAUUUGAAGUACCAUCCACCCCCAGAUGCAGCGCCAAGGACAUGGAGGAAAGGAAAUUCCCAACAUCCGGUGCCAACUCCUUCUGUUAUGAGAACGAGCUGGCCUUCAUCAGCAGGGAUGAGGAGGAGGAGGCAGAUGUGGAGAAAGAGGAUGAGAAGCGAUGUUCAUCGGCACUGGGAAAUGAACAGGCCACUCCUGGACGUGAUCAAAAGUCCUCCCGUAGAGAAUCAGAGAUUUAACCUGUUGCUUGUUUUUUUUUGUUUUUGGAUGCAGAGCAAUGCAGCCAACAUAUGAAGAGCCCUAUGACUGUCGUUUUACAGA